AUGCUAGUUGAAAGUCCCAAGCUGAAGUCCCUUGUCUUCAUUGGUUCUAAGUUGAGUAAACUUGACCUAGCCCUGACUCCACAGCUCGAGACAUUAGAUCUUCAGGGAUGUAACGACCUUGUAGAACUCAACAUGCCUGUUGAAUGUCCCAAGCUGAAGUCCCUUGUCCUCAAUGGUUAUAAGUUGAGUAACCAUGACCUUGAAGAACUCCACAUGCCCGUUACCAUGCUGAAGGCUCACUCGACAACUUGGAUUUUAGAUCUUGAAGGAUGUAAUGAACUGGAAGAACUCCACAUGCCCGUUGCAUGUUUAAAGCUCAAAUCACUCAACCUAAGCGGUUCUAAGGUGCGUAACCUUAACCUUGGGUUGACUCCACAUCUCGAGACGUUAAAUCUUGAAGAUUGUCAUUAUCUUCAAGAGAUUCAUGCUCCCAUGUAUUGUUUACAAGAACUUGUCUACUUCAACAUAAGCGGUUGUUCUAGGUUUAUAUGUUUUGAGGUUCCCGAUUGGUAUGAAAUACCUGGCCUCAAUCAUUUAACUUCGUUGCAACUAUUUGCAGAGUCCAUAUAUAUAUGCCCACUGCAUUCCAACAACACUUUUCCAAAGUUUCAAUUUAAAUGUUUUUAUGAUGAACAUCUACCCUCAUCAAGCGGUAAUCUUGAAAAGCUUCUUUCGUUUGGUUUAUGUGCUUGCAUAAACCUUGAGUCUUUUUCAGCAUCUAGUUGUGAUUUGCAACGUUUAGGAAAGCUUACACUUGAAGGCAGUAUUCCAGAGGUGCCCAAGGAUCUGUACCUGUUAGAGAGUCUAAAGGAGCUAAGUCUAUCGAUGAAAGAGAUUAGACAUCUUCCAGAUAGCAUUUGUAUGUUGAAACAUCUUAAAUCUCUUAAACUUAGUUAUUGCCCGCUUCUUGAGCAGCUACCAAAGGAUAUUGGUAGAUUAGAGUCUUUAGAGGAGUUACACCUGACAGAUUGUAUAUCCUUUUGGGGUAUUCCUGACAACAUUUGUCCCAACUUGAAAUGCCUCAACCUCAAUGGUUGUAAGGUGAGUAACCUUAACCUUGGGAAGACUCCACAUCUCGAGAGGUUAGAUCUUGCAGGAUGUAAAGACUUUGUAGAACUCCACAUGCCUGUUGACUCUCUAAAGCUCAAAUACCUUGACCUCAGUGGUUGUAAGCUAUGA